ACAAGUGGGGGAAGGAGGGAGAAAGGAAAGUGAAGAGGGAGAGCGAGGUGGCCAUGGCGUUGUGUUGGUUCCUCUGUGUUUCAGGAGGCUGCAAGUCGGCGAGUCCUUCCUCUGAGCUAGCCGUAGAGAAAAGGGGACGUAACCGCACCAACCUUUUAAGCGAUGGGGAGCAAGAGGGUGGGUGUGGGGUCUCUGGAGCUACUGCCAUAUAAAAAGCCAAGUCUGAGAGCACGGCACCAACUAACCACACACACACAUCCACACACACACUCACAGUGGCUGCUCUGUAUCUCUCAUGCUCACCCACUCUCAUUAUUCUCUCCCUCUCCCUCCUUCUGUCUCGCUCCCUCUGUCUCUCACUCCAUUCCUCUGGGCUCUGCAUACUUCUUGCUUCUUCUCACAAGUCACAUUGUGUUUGUAAGUACGCGCUGAAUGUCUCCCUGUGUAUGCUUGGGUUUCCUUAAGUAUUUUUCUAUGUUUGAGUGACUGCUUGCCUACUUGAGUAUGACUGAGUGGAGCAGUGAGCUGUAUUAAGUGUAUGUGGGUCUCUGUCUCACCCUCACACACUCGCGACUCCUCUUGCAACUCUUUCUGGGAUCUCCGGGUCCCUUUCCUCGGUGACAGGCUCCCCACACUAAACAGUCACCAUUUCCGCCCCCGGGAGACCCACGCUGGCUGCGCAGCCCCUUCCCCGACUCAGCAUCGGGAGGAAGACCCUGGUGGCGGCUGCUGUGGGGGUUAUGCUGGUCCUGGUGCUGGUGGUGCUCAUCCCAGUGCUUGUCAGCUCCGUGAGUACAGAUGCCAGCCAUUAUGAGAUGCUGGGCACCUGUCGUAUGGUGUGCGAUCCUUACCUGAACAAGGGCACUCCGGCCAGCAGCACCAGCUCCACUGGUCUGCAGGGUGAGGCAGAGGCACUGACUGACCACAGCAAUGUUCUACCACCGUCCACCCUGCAGCAGGGCCCGCAGGGAAAACCUGGCAGGCCAGGAAAGCCCGGACCACCAGGACCACCUGGACCACCUGGGCCACCUGGUGAACCAGGACCACCAGGGCCAGCUGGACCCCCUGGUGACAGAGGGGAUCAUGGAAGGACUGGGAUUUUGGGUCUUGGGGGUAACGGAGCUAUCAGCACAGCCACCUACAGCACAGUUCCCCGGGUGGCUUUCUACGCUGGGCUUAAAAACCCCCAUGAAGGCUACGAGAUCCUAAAGUUUGACGACGUGGUCACCAAUCUUGGCAACAACUACGAUGGCAUUUCUGGCAAGUUCAUCUGCAGCAUACCUGGUACUUACUUCUUCAUCUACCAUGUGCUGAUGAGAGGAGGGGAUGGCACAAGCAUGUGGGCAGACCUCUGUAAGAACGGUCAAGUUCGUGCAAGCGCUAUUGCUCAAGACGCUGACCAGAACUACGACUACGCCUCAAACAGUGUCAUCCUCCAUCUGGACGCAGGCGAUGAGGUGUACAUCAAAUUAGAUGGAGGCAAAGCCCAUGGCGGCAACAACAACAAGUACAGCACCUUCUCUGGCUUCAUCCUCUACGCAGACUGAGAACAAACAGACAAAGAGACUGUCAAAAAAGGAAGAUACUCAGAGACACAGUUUCAUGACCACGGGUGGGGGUGGGGGGAGGCUUUGGGUUUGUUAAAAAAAAGCCAGAAUGCUCUCUAGUUUUCCUAAUUCUCUCCAUCAUCGCAGUCACCUCUGCUUCAUAUCCAUCAGCCAAGACGUCCUGGCUCCGCAGCCAAGCCCGGAUGGAAAACUCCCAGAGGACACACUGAGACCAGCAAGCAGGUGGCCAGGGAGGAGCGGGGUGUUAGUUCUGCUGGUUUUCCACACCCU